AUGUUGAUUGACGCUACAGCACAGUUUGAACAAGAAUUCGGAGCAGAAGAAGAAUCCGAUGAUGAAUACGAAUAUUUUCCACAAAACUCACGUAACAACCGCAAUCCACGACGCAUUUCCACAGAUUCAAAUUAUCGUUAUAUUUCAUCUUCUCCCAAAGGAACCAUUGCUUUGUCUAGUAUUAAAAAGAGCCAAUCCAGCUUUAUUACUCCAUUAAACCUUAUAUUAGAUCUCGAUAAUACAUUAAUAUAUACUUCAGUUGAAGCAAAUUCAUCUUACGAUUUCACAGUCACAAUUCCAGAUGAUUCUGGUUCCAUGGUUACCCUCUAUAUUACCAAAAGACCACAUUUAGAUGCGUUUUUGGCCAAAAUCUCAAACAUUACUCAGCCAUACAUAUUUACUUCCAGCUCUGAAGAGUAUGCUGAUCAGAUAAUUUCUUUCCUUGAUCCACUUGGUAAGAUUUUUGUUCACAAAUUCUUCAGAGAUUCAUGCAGGCUCGUUAAGCCAAACGUAUACGUCAAGGACAUUUCAACUGUCGGGACAUGCGUUGAGCGCACAAUCUUGGUCGAUGACAACAUCGAGGCUUUCGGCGGCCACCUCGAAAAUGCGGUUAGGAUCCCACCUUUCUUAGGAGACCCACAUGAUAGGGAACUUGAUACCCUCUCAUCAAUUGUCGAGCGCCUUCGCACUUUUGACGACGUUCGUCCACUUUUGAUGAAAAUUAACUCUCGUUAA